UUAUUUGUCCGCAUUGAACAACUGAAUGUUUGUCAAAUUUUCUCGAAAUUUUCGGUUGAGCAAAAAUUAAUAACGGGGCUGCAACAGUUAAAACAGUGGCAUUUCGCAAACGGAAUUGUGUGCUGACGUGUAUGCCUAUUUGUAGGCAUUUCAUCUAAAACGGAGCUCUACAAGAAGAAGAGUUCUUCAUGAAUUGGUUUUCGGCUUUGGCCUCUCCUCUGAGGUUCGAAGAAAAAAAAGAGAACGAACUCGGCAGGGGGGGGUUUGGAGUCGUGUACGGAGGAACGUUCAAAAGACAUGCAGUUGCAGUUAAAGUGACAGUAAAGGUGCAUUCAGAUGAUGAAAAAAACAAAAAACGGGAAAGGGAAAUGGAGGAACACUUCCGGUUGGACCACGAAAAUGUCCUGAAACUCUUGCACGUCGAUGACUCACGUGAUAAAACGUACCUUGUGCUCGAAUUAUGUGCCGGGACACUGACAGAUUAUUGCGAGAAGAAAUACAAGGGACCGGAAUUGCCACCGGAUGCCAAAGUUUUAUAUCAAAUCGCCAAUGGAUUGCGCUACAUCCACUCACGAAAUUUAGUUCAUCGCGACGUCAAACCGGACAACAUUCUCAUCUCAAUGACGACCCCCGUCCAAAUGAAAUUGUCCGAUUUCGGAUUUGUCAAGAAAACAAGUCCUCGAGGGACAUUUACGCAGCAGAGUGGAUUAAAAGGAACUCUAAUUUGGAUGGCGCCCGAAAUUUUGGAGCUUUUAAACCACAGUAGUGAUAGCACGUCUGAGGAAAUUCCGCACGGAACAAUCCAAAGCGACACAUUCGCUGCGGGCUGCGUCUUUUUCUACUUUCUGACCCGCGGUAAACAUCCGUUUGGCAGGAAUUCUUUAACAAUUCCGAUGAACAUCUUAAAUAAAAAUCCAAUAGAGCUGAAUCAACACGAACAAAAUCUUAAGCAAAGCGAUGAUCGUGCCCUAUACGAACUGAUCGGGGAAAUGAUAAACCCGAUAGGGCAAAGAAUCUCAUUGCCCGAGGUUAUCAUUCAAUUGACAGCAAAGUUAUAUGCAUCACGUCAGUUCAAAAGAGUUGAUCGAUUAGUGCGUGAGAGUGGCGAAGAUAUCGUCUCCCGUUUCCACCCGAAGAAACCAUUAAUCGCCUGCGGCAUUAAAAAUGAAAUUAUUUUCUUUUCUGCAGAGAAUUCGUCCAUUCCUUUUUCUAAUUGGAAAGAGGACGAAAAAAAGUUUCAAAUUGGACAUGAAAAAGGAAUUACGGUGAUAGAAUGGAAUGUGGACGGGACUCAAUUGGCUGCCGCAUUUCAUAAAGAUGUCAUCGUGUGCUGGAGUUAUCCAAGUGGCAAAAUUCUCUUUCAAAAGAAAUUAGACGAAUGGAUGGAUCAAAUCGAGUGGAAUCCCUUCAGGCCGAACGUUUUUGCUGCUUUUAAGUAUGGAGUAGGUGCUGCUGCUUUUAGGGAAGUUGCAAAAAAAGUUUUCUUCUUCAAUUCCCGCCCUGUCGACCAACGGCCAUUUCAUUUCUGCACAAUCGAACUCGAUAAUUGGAUCUGGAGUGUCCGGUGCAUCUCUGCGAAUCGAGUCGCUCUCGGCUUAAUCGGAGACGGGAGAAUUGAAAUUUGGGAAAUUGACGAGUCGACGACUUCCGCCAAAAUUGUCAAACGACUCGAACAUGAAGACGGGAAGGGUUCGAUAAAAGAUAUGGCAUGGAACGAACGGACGGAAUGUUUAGCCGCUUGUUCAUCCGACGGAUGGAUGACGAUUUGGUCGAUGGACAGCGACCAACCCAUUCACGCCACAAAGGUUGAUAGCACAUGUUGGAGAUUGGCUUGGCGUCCAAACGGGAAACAAUCGGACGACGUGGGAGUGGACGCGGCCAGGAAAUCGGCCGACAAUUUCAUUUUGGCUAUUGGUGGAUUGUUCGAGGGGCGGAUUGUCAUUUGGACUCCGCUGGCAAAGGAAAAGACGAGAUUUCUCAAGCAACAUUCAAGUUAUGUAGAUUGGCUGUCGUUUUCACCCGACGGGCGGUUUCUCGCAUCAGCGGAGACAAUUGGAUUCUCUUAUCCGAUCAUCUGGGCAACUGAGAAUUGGAAACCCGUUUACAUCGGAUUAGAAGUAUAUGAAUUUGAAAAACAUUUCUCUUGGUUGUAUUCGUCUACGAAUGUCCCUGACUACAAAUUAACAUUCCCCUCAAAGGACGAUGGCCAGGUUGUUGUCGUGGAACACGUCGACGACCAGUAAGAAAUUCCAAGCCAAGAUUGAAGAUCACGAGAGGGAGAUGAGAAUUACGAAAUGAAAAGAAACUGGUGACGAAUAUUCAAUCAGAUCACCCAACCCAAAAGACUCCAAAUGUACGGGAAUGGAUUCUUUUUAUAACUAACGCAAACCUAAUUCGUGCUAUAAAAAAUCACCGACUGUUCACGACUGUUGCCCUCGAGUAGCCCUCACUUUAAGUUAGCAGCUUCUUAUAAUAUGCCUGAUAGUCCACGAAACGUUUGGGCCGUUUGGAGAUUGGUUAAAAUGUUUCAUUGGAAGCUUCGAGUUUUAUCAAGAAAUAAAAGCGACAACGACCGGAGCACAUCCG